AUGUUUCAGAUCCAGAUUCUCCUAGAGCUUCAGUACAUGGACCCAGAGCUGAAACCCAAACUUAUAGCAAGGCUUAUAUCUGGGCAAGAUCCGAUGACUCCCAUCACCACAUGGCUCAACUUCGCCUGGAGAGGUAGCGUGCUGGACAUGAUGAACGAGCCGCUAGUCGACCUCGAGGAAGUCCCGCAAGAAACAAAAGCCCACCAGCUCACAGUCAGGACUGAGGCGCGUAUGAACGACAACACUGUUCCCCAAGCUCCACCACAACCCAAACAGGGGCGGAACAAGAGGAGGCGAUAA